AAAAGGUGGCCGCCGCCGCCCCCCACUCCAUCCAGCAUAGCACACGGCACAGAGAAACAGAGAAGAGGAGGAGAGGAGGCAAGGGCCACCCGCCGCCGCCGCCGCUCUCGAUCCUUUCUCCGAUCUCCGUUCCGCUCCGCGCCGCCUCGUCCUCGACUGCGACAGGUCUCAAGAUGUUGACUAGCACCUUUGCAACAUCAUGCACGCUCUUCAGCAAUGUUACAACCGAGGCCUCUCAGAAAGUGGUCAAGAGCCCUUCAUCUCUAAGCUUCUUCAGUCAAGGUGUGCUGCAGGUUCUGAGCCUGAAGUCAUCCAAAAAGCUCGAUGUUUCUGCUAUGGCCGUCUACAAGGUGAAGCUUGUCACCCCGGAAGGGCAAGAGCAUGAGUUCGAGGCACCUGAUGACACCUACAUCCUCGAUGCUGCCGAGACUGCCGGUGUGGAGUUGCCUUACUCAUGCCGGGCCGGAGCGUGCUCCACCUGCGCUGGCAAGAUCGAGGCUGGCUCUGUCGACCAGUCAGACGGGUCGUUCCUUGACGACGGGCAGCAGGAAGAAGGCUAUGUUCUGACCUGCGUGUCGUACCCCAAGUCGGACUGCGUCAUCCAUACCCACAAGGAGGGUGACCUUUAUUAGGGCUCUUUCCAUGAGAAUUCCUGCGUGUCAAGCUCCAUCUUUAUGUGCAAGUCGUGUUAACUACUAGUCCAGCUUGUCUCAACACUCUGGUGGUUGUUUAUCUCCUGUCUCAUUUUGUCCAAGGUUGCCAUGUUGGUGCAGUAAGAUUGGGAACCCAUGGAAAUACCAGCUAGUAGUCAAUAAGAACAAGCUUUAAUGCAAAAUAUAUAAUUCAUGGUUCUGAACUGUUCUUCAUUUUCA